AUGUUCAGAUUUUUAUCCACAUUUGCUUUAGAACGAAGGUUCUACUACUCAGUGAAGUGGCUGGUGUUGAGAUGGGCUGGUGUCAGGAAGGUGGUGCCAGUCUGGACCAGACGCUAUUCUGAACACAAAGCGGUCAUUGUGAAGAACAUUGAUGAUGGCAUCUCAGACCAUCCCUACAGCCAUGCCCUGGUGGCUGGAAUUGACUGCUAUCCCUGCAAAGUGACCGCUGCCAUGGACAAGAAGAAAAUCACCAAAAGGUCAAAGGUCAAGUCUUUUGUGAAAGUUUAUAACUACAGUCACUUCAUGCCCAUAAGGCACUCUGUGGAUAUCCUCUGGGACAAGACUGUGGGCAAGAAGAAUGUCUUCAGAGUCCUUGCUCUUAAAUGCAAGGCCCAACAAGAGGCCAAGAUCAAGUUCAAGGAGAGGUACAAGAUCAGCAAGAACAAAUGGUCCUUCCAAAAGCUGUGGUUUUAG